AUAAAAUGGCUCAAAAUUUUUUGUACAUGCUGGAAUUUGUUGUGGACGAUCUUUUGAUCACCCGACCGAAUAUGUGCGCCCCCGAAGAGUAUCCAACAUGUUGCGAAUUGACAUUUAGGUCUCACGUAUUCGUUUCGAUUUGCGACAAAGAAUUCGGUGGCUGUAUAGAUACGGCAAGGAAAAGUGGUAAAUGCUGUUUGUUCUCUCUGGAAACACCAAUCAGCAGAAGCGAUCGGUUGCAAUUGAAUGUUUUCAAGAAGCGAACAGACCAGUGUAAGUUUCUGAUCGGGGCUACCGAGAUUCCCGUCCACAGGAUGUUCGAUAAAGUAACGGAUGAAUUUUAUGCCAAAAAUCCGAAUUGGGAUGCACAUCUUAAGAAUCCCAAACUAAACACUAGAACGUCAAUAUCGAAAAAGAACAAGGUUAUAAUUGACAAUGAUUGUGGGGCAGAUACAUCGACUACUCGAAAGGAAGAACUCUGUCCGACCUAUGAACUGAGUAAGAAACUUUUGGCAUUAUCGAAUAUGAGCGGAACAUUACAGACGGGAAAUAUUGUUCUGAUAAUGCGAUUGGCGUGCAUGGGUCCGACUAUUGUGUCGCCAUUUUCGGUUGGACGGGCUUCGUGUGUGCCUCCAUGUCCGAAAGUGAAAGCACCCUGUGCAAAAAAUGUGGUUAACGACACUGUGAUGUGCAAGCGUUAUUUCAGUAAAAAUUCUGACAAGGGUUGCCCAUGUGAAGCGUGUGAGGACGAAGAAGGUAGAUGUCCAAGUAAACGAAAAAGCAAGGCGGAUACAUCUCAUCGUUGUUUAUCUAACGAUCAAGUAAACAAAUCAAGAGGUUGUCCAUGCCCUGAUUGUGAUGAAGACUGUGAAUUAGAAGAAAACGAAAAUGACAAUGUUGAAGAAGACAACUCAGAAAUUAUUAUGAAACCGUGUGUAAUGUGCCCCUCAAAACCAGAAUAUGGUCCCGAAGAAUACGAUGCAUUUGAAGCUAAUUUGAAUGGCAGUGGCUUAACAAUUCGAGUUCUAAAAGAUAGCCAUGUGGUGGAGACUGUUUGUGAUAUUGAUUCUGAUAACGAACAUGAGAAGAUGAACUACAAAAAAAGCAAAUCUUCUAAUUCCCAACUCUGCAAUGAUAACCUUAAUAGUCUUGUCAAGAACUACACUUUUCCUCGAAAUCAUAUCGAACGUCGAACAGGGGGCAAUAUUAUUAACAAUAAAUCUUUGCCAAUGGUUCGGGGCAACAUAAAAUACUCAGAAAAUGAUUCAUUCUGUGGAGAUAGUAUUAACAUACCACUGUUGAAUAAGCUGCCACAAGUAAAAGGUGUGGACGCAUAUCGCAAGACUCCGGGCCAAACAAGAAACUGCUGCUUUCAAGUCCAAGCGGGAGAUAUAGACAAUACAUUACGUGGCAUCAACGCAGCAGGCAAAAAGAAAGGAAUAGAGGUGUGCCAUAAAACAAUUGAAGAUCCAGACACUGAUGUCUUUUUGGUCAAACUUGGAAACAAAAAGUCUGAACGAAAUAAAAAGAAUAUGAUUGAAAUCGAAUUGAGAACACCAAAAGAACCAUCUAAUAUCCGAGCUCAAAAAUGGACCAAAGAAACUCAAGUUGAUGAGGAAUUACUCGAUGCCAAUAUUAAAGGGAAAGAGAGAAAGCGAAAGGGUAAAAAAGGAUCGAAAAAGAACAAAUGAUUCUAAAAUGUACUUUAUACAGGAAGAAUAAAUCAAUGCAUACAAAUUGAAAUCAAAAUAAAAAAUCAACUUA